UUAUACAUUUUUACUUUGUAAUUGCCAAAUUGGAUGUACUAGAUCUAGAUCUUGAGUCUAGACUAGACAUAUCAUAUAGACUCAUAGAGUAGAUCUAGAUCUAGUCUAUGUAUUACUAUCAGACUAUCACUCAGUCUCAGUAACUACUCUGUGUUCUGCUAACAUCUUAUGUAGAAAAUGCCUGAAAUUGAAUUGAUUGUUCAGAGUAUUCUUCCAUCAGAUGAGCCACAGGGACGUUACCAUAUAAACAUAUUUCCUGAUUCAACAGUAGAAACCUUGUUGAGAGAACUAUGUAGAAGAGCUGAUGUGCCAUUAAAGCAUGAAUACUGUUUACGUAGUAAAGGUCAUGACCAACUUCAGAGAACAGCAAUACUAUCUCAGAUAGGUGUGCAAGAUGGUGCAUUUCUACACUGGACUUUUGAAAAUGUUGCUGUGAAAACUCCCUGCAGAUGUAACACAUUUUGUUUUUUAGCAUUGAUAAGCUUCAUCAUUGGCAUUGUUGGAUUGGCUGCCAUUUGUGUACUCAAGUUCAAAACUAGUACUGAAACAGAUUAUGCCAUUGUUUUUGAUGCUGGAUCCACACAUACAGCCAUGUUUAUAUAUAAGUGGGAAGGGUCUAAGUUCAAUGGUACUGCAGUAGCUGUACAGCAUGGAACAAAGUGCACUGCUGAAGGUUCUGGCAUUGCAAACUUUGCUAAUACACCAGAUAAAGCUGGCCAGUCUUUGAUCAAAUGUCUGACUGAAGCUAAGAAAACAAUACCCAAAGAUAAACAUUCCAGCACACCCAUCUAUUUAGGUGCAACAGCUGGUAUGAGGUUAUUAAAUGCAACCAAUCCUAUAGCUUGUGAAAUGAUUCUUGGAUCUGUAUGUGAUGCUUUUAGCAACUUUUCUUUUAAAUUUAUAUGUGAAACUUCUGUUAAAAUAAUAUCUGGCACUGAAGAAGGGACAUCCUCUUGGAUAACAAGCAAUUAUGUGGCCAAUGCAUUUAGAGUGGAUCGACCAGAUGUUAAAGAUUACUUGGCACCCACUACUGUCCCUAGUAUAGGUGCAAUGGACCUGGGUGGAGCUUCCACACAAAUAACAUUUGUACCUCGAGACCGAUCUACAGAGCCUGAGUUUAUAAAAGAUGUAAAACUUUUUGGCAAAAAAUAUGGGGUUUAUACCCACAGUUACCUGUGUUAUGGAGUUGCUGAAGUUACUAAACGUAUUCUGGCUUCUUUAAUCAAGCCUGACAGCCCUAUCUAUACCAUUGAACAUCCAUGUCUGCCAAAAGAUUAUAAUAAAACCAUGACAGAUACUGAACUGUUUGCUUCUCCUUGUGUAACAGGUCAAGCUGGACUUGAGACUUUUGGUCACAGUAUUACUCUACCAGUCCAAAACGAUCAAAAUUAUACAUUUAUAGGUCAAAGCAAUAGUACAGAGUGUGAACAUCUUAUAAGGGUCUCCUUGUUCAACACUUCUGUUUGUCAUCAUUCCAGGUGUUCUUUUAAUGGAGUGUAUCAGCCUGAGAUUUCAGGACCAUUUUAUGCUUUUUCAAGUUUCUACUAUAUUACUAACUUUCUGAAUUUAUCAUCAAGUACUAAAAGCUCCUUUCCUCAUGCUGAUUUAGUCAGUGCUAAAAAUAAAAUCUGUAAUUCCUCUUGGGAGCAGCUUCUAAACCUUCCUGUCACACCACAAGAACAUGAGAAUCUGAUGUGGUAUUGUCUACAGUCUACUUACAUCAAUCUAUUACUGUUUGAAGGAUAUAAUUUUUCUGAAGCCAAAUGGCCAGAUAUAAAUUUUGUUGAAAAGAUUUCUAGUACUGAAGUUGGUUGGUCUUUGGGUUACAUCCUCAAUGAAAGUUUAACAUAUCCAGUUGAUGAGCCUGAAGUAUUAAUCUAUACUGUAACCUUUGCCCUGCUUACUGUUCUCUUCUGUCUGUUUCUUAUUGUUAGUAUUGCACUGGCACUUCAAGGAAGAAGGAUGCAUAACUCCAAGGACAUUAAAUAUAGAAAAAUGAGUACAUAUGGUGCCAUCUAAUGUUUAGUCACAAAACGUAAUUAAGUACAUACAUUAACCUUCAUCAUUGGUACCGUAAUAAAAUGAAUGUGAUAAAUAUGGACUUAAACCCUUUGUUUGUGUAAAAGUGAAAUUUUACAAUAUUAGCAUUACUAGUUAAUUGUACGUAAAUAUAGAGUUGAAGCUGGGUGCUGAAACAAAUGUGAUAAAUACAUAUAUUAAACAUAAAUGAAUAGCAGCUCACUCCAGGACAUUCCGAUGGUCUAGAGUUUAAGUUCGCUUAGUGGUUAUCACUAGGCAGUGUUGUUUCCAGGGUCACUGGUUUGAGCUUUGGUUGGCGCAGUCCCUUAUUUUCGUAGCAUUUAAUUCACUACUUUCUCUCAUUUAAAAAAAAGUUUGUCCCUGGUGCUGCUAUUCAUUUAUAUUUAAUAUAUGUAUAGUUAAUUGUACUGAGUCAUAUUUUAUAUUCAUUUAAUUAUAUUUUAAUGUUAUCUAGGCAAAACUCACAGAAUUCAUUACAUGAAAUAAUGUCUUUCAUUUAUUAUAACUGAUACUUGUUACAUAUUUAAUACCAUAACAUCUGUUUUAUAGGCAUUCCAUAUUCAGUUAGACAUUGUAUAUAACAAUGUUUGUUUGCUUUUUUGUCAAUUUAUGAUGAUCCUGAUUGUUACAGUGACUUAUUGUUUUACUUGUACACAUUUAUGCUCAUAAUUACUCCCCAUUUAAUUAUGGAUUAGUGCAAUUACUUGGUUGUUUUUUUUUUUUUUUUAAUAAAAGCAAAUUUUACAAUAUAAGAAUAUUUAGGGUCACCAGGCAAGUAGUGAAAAGAGGACAUGUCCUCCUCAUUGGGGUUCUUGUCCUUAAUCUUGUAGGCAUGGUGCUAAAGUGCAAAAAUGGCUGACUUAGUCUUUUGUUUGGUACCUUACAAAUUCAGUUCUAUGUAAUAUUUACUUACAUAGAUGCCAACUCUUGUGAAUGUCAUACAUUCAAGUGUCAAUAUGCUCUGUACAAUAAUAGUUCCUCCUAGCUCACAUACAAUCUAUUUUUCUUUUUUAAUAAAUUUAUGUUUGUUUUUUAUUUAUUAAACUAUAUUAGAAAGUGCA